AUGAUAGGAGAAUCGACAGUACCAAUAGAGCAAACUAAGGGAGAUUUCCUAAUUCAAAUAAUAAAUAGGGAACAAAUUAGGAAAAAAUUAUCCAAGUUACAACAGGAAGAAAGAAGUAAAAUAGCUUACAUUCACAUUAGCACGAUACAAAUCAUUCUAAAAUCUACUAUGAAAACAGGGAUAAGUGCACCUAUAGAACUAGAAAUAAGAGAUGAUCGACUCAUCAAUAGAGAAGAGAGUACUAUUGCAAAAGGAAAGGGAAAUCUAGGAGUAGGAAUAAUCAAAUUCGAUAUUAAUUUACAACAAGGAAUUACUUUAACAGAUGGGAAUCUCGACUCUUCCAUUAUUAUAAAGUAUGAAUUGAAAAGAAAAAUUUUUAUGAAUGAAAAUAGUAAACCUUUUUCAGUAACAUACCAGAUAAACUAUGCACUAACCAAUAGUCAUCAUAGUCUAGCAUUUAGAGACAAAAAAGUCAUCACCAUAGAAGAUUUAUUCAAACCAUUAAUUCAAUUAGAAUCUCCUCUAAAAGUAAUAAAAUCAAAUUACGAUCAUCCAAGAAUAAGUGUAGAUGAGAGAGUCUCUUCCAUGAGACUAACCGAUAAGGAGAAGGAAAAGGAAAAAGAAGAAAACAAGGAAAUAAAAAACAUAACUAUACUUCAUCAAAAUGAUAAUACUAGUGAAAUAAAAAAGUUACAAGAACUAAUCGUAGAAAUGAGUGAAAAAUUGUAA